CACCUGCCGUAAAGUAGGUGGCAAAAGCACUUCCGGGAUAACAAAGGUCGGCCCCGGCAAGAUGGCGGCCCCCUUGGAACUCAGUUGCUGGGGAGGUGGCUGGGGGCUCCCGUCGGUGCACAGCGACUCCCUGGUGGUGAUGGCUUACGCCAAAUUUUCUGGUGCACCCCUGAAAGUCAAUGUCAUAGAUAACAACUGGAGAGGUUCAAGAGGAGAUGUACCAGUUUUGACAACUGAAGACAAUACUAUUUCUCAGCCAGCAAAAAUACUAAACUUUUUAAGAAAACAGAAAUACAAUGCUGAUUAUGAACUUUCAGCAAAACAAGGGGCAGAUACGCUAGCUUACAUUGCUCUCCUUGAAGAGAAGCUUCUUCCUGCAGUGUGUUUUUCCCCCCUCCUUUUGCAGCUUCACACAUUCUGGGUUGAGAGUGACAAUUACUUUACUGUGACAAAGCCAUGGUUUGCUUCACGAAUGCCUUUUCCCUUGAGUUUGAUCCUGCCUGGAAGAAUGUCUAAAGGAGCACUGAAUAGGAUUCUCCUAACCAGGGGAGAGCCUCCCUUCUACCACCUUCGAGAAGUAGAAGCUCAGAUAUACAGAGAUGCGAAGGAGUGCCUAAAUCUUCUGUCAAACAGAUUGGGAACAUCUCAGUUUUUCUUUGGAGAUAUGCCUUCCACUUUGGAUGCCUAUGUGUUUGGUUUUCUCGCACCUCUUUAUAAAGUACGUUUUCCUAAAGUUCAGUUACAAGAACAUUUGAAGCAGCUCUCCAACCUGUGUCGCUUUUGUGAUGACAUCCUAAACAGUUAUUUUAGGGUUAGUCUUGGAGCAUUUUCCUGCGUGAACAGAAAUGAGCAGCAGAUUGAUUUUGGUGAGGUACACUCCCAUGAUUCCACUACUUGCAAACUGAUUACACCAGACUGGAGGCAUCUCUCCUGCUGGACAAGAAACGGUAGAUGCAAAUCUACAGAAACUGACACAACUUGUAAAUAAGGAAUCCAACUUGAUUGAAAAGAUGGAUGACAAUCUUCGCCAAAGCCCUCAGCUUCCUCCUCGGAAACUGCCAACACUUAAAUUGACUCCAGCAGAAGAAGAAAGUAAUUCCUUACACCGGCUAUCACCCUGACAGUCAUCAUGCUUUGUGUCCAGAGUCAUGUAAUUGUUGCAGCAAUCUCUUACACUAAGUGUGUGAAGGGCAAAAAGAAAAUGCUAAAAAUAGGUAGAAGGAAGACUCUAAAACAAAAGAAACUUUCUAUGACAGCAAUUUUUUUUCAUUAGGAAGCUUCUGUUUUAGCUUGGCAAUGCACUUUAAAUAACAGCAGCGUGAAUGCUAAAUGAACUUGGUGGGGAGGGGGGCAGAAAAUACAUUGUACUGUAUAUAAAAACCAGCCUUAACCUUGGCGGAUUUUUGCCUUUGGUUCACAUGUUGCUGGCCCAAAGCUCCACUUCUGUUCUGAAUGUGCACACUUAAUUUAUUUAAGUUAAUUUAUUAAUUUAGUAUCCUUAGACCAGUCUGAAUAUUUAAUAUGUGGCUCUUUGCCUAAGGCCUUUUCUCUUCUGUUUAGAAA